AUGGGCACGUAUAUACCCAUUUUUGCACUUGUGCAAUGUUUGUUUACCCUUGCCAGCGUGCAUGGAUUUUGGUAUAGCUGGGGACCAUGGACGCCAUGGUCGGAGUGCUUGCCCGGAUCUAAUCGAUCAAGAACGAGACAACAUUGCGACCAGAAGAAUCCCAUCUAUUGCUGGGAUUGUUUGUCACCAGAGCUUCACGAAGCUGUAGUAUUCGAGAAAUGUGAAACUUGUAAAAACGGUGGUACAUGGCAGGAUGCUGGAUGUCUUUGCACAGACCGUUAUUAUGGGACGUACUGCGAAUCUCGUGUUAACAAAUGCGAUGCAGUUCCAGCCGAUGUUAUUUUCGUUCUCGAUUCUUCGUUAAGCCAGACAGAGGAGCAAUUCAACAAACAACUGGACUUUGCCGCAAGAUUCAUAGAUGCAAGCAAUGUCAGUGUAACAGAAUUUCAAUUUGCAGUUGUUACGUUUUCGACAAAUGCCGUCACGGAAAUUGGCUUCGACAGUUCCUUGAGCAAAAAUGAUCACACAACAAAGGUUAAGAAUAUUCCAUUCCGACCGGGCGCUACGUUCACCAACAAAGGUCUCGAAAUGGCCAGUUCUUUGCUUUCAACAAGGGGAAAUCGCCUAGGCGGUCUCACAAUUGUGAAAUUUGCAUUUAUACUAACAGACGGAAUGUCGACCAACAUGACUGAGACUAAGGAGGCAGCUAUUAGACUUCGAGGAGAUGCAACUGUUGUCGCAAUAGGUGUCGGCCGUGAGGUUUUGCAUACAGAACUACAGUCUAUUGCGUCUCCUCCAGACGCAAACGGUUUGUCCUACGUGUACUCGGUAGAGAACUUCGAUGCGCUCAAUGGGCUGAUUGGUCGACUUAUUGACGCGACAUGUGAGAAAUGUGCAGUGAGCCAUAUGACAGACAUAGUUGUUGUCAUCGAUGACUUAUCUGAAUCAGCGAUGAAACAACAGGAGUUUAGUAGGGCUUUGGAUGGACUGACGUACAUCGCCCAAUCUUUACCUGCCUAUGGGCAAGCACACGGUCAAACGGUUACUAUUACAACAAUAGGUGACUUGGGAUUUAGGCACACUUCAAUUCCUAAUGCCACUGAUCUCGGCUCGUUGUUAACGUCUAUUCAAAGCAUUCGUCAGCAGCAAUCAUCUUGCUAUAUAGAUGAGUGCGACAAGGCAUUGGUGUUAAAUAUCUCAUCGGGUAUGAUUCAUAUCAUAAACAUCACGGGCCAAAAUAACUAUCAGCGCAAUAAUUCCCGAAAAAUAAUCGUUGUUUUUUCGUCUGGCAGAUUCAUGGACAAGUCUCUGGCCAGGUUAGAACUACAGGACGCACUGAAUGAGUCUAAUAACGACAUAUUUGCGAUUGGCCAUGGAUUCGACAUUGACAUGGAAGGAUUGCAUGCCAUUGUCAAAGAACCUUACAAUGUGUUUACUCUGCUUGAUGACAACUUGGAAACAUUGGAUGUGUUUAAGUCAAAACUGUCGUAUAUUGUGUGUUCGUAGUAGAAAAAGAGCGGUCUUCGUGGUACAUGUAUUACCGGCAUCUUUUUCUACUGAUGUGUAAUGUACAACUCUGUAUAUAGUAUAUACUGACUAAUAUAUUAAUGCAUUGACAUAUGAAGAAUUUGUUGUAUUUGUAAACGAUUGGCUUAAUGAUGCACCAUUAUUGUUAUCUAUUAUUUGUAUGCUAAAAUAAGUGCCGCUAUGUGUCUGGUUCGAUAUUUUUGCAGACUUCAUUAGCCGUAAUCAAAACUUGUGAAAAUAGUCUAUAUAAGGAAAUUACUGACAAAGGUCCCAUUAAUGGGGUGAAAAAAGUACACAAUUAUAAAUAAUAUAUUUGUCGUAUUAUUAUCUUCUGUAUGUGUCUUUUUAUUUUAUUAAAUGUUAAUAUAUCGUUCGAUACACACGACUUAUAACUGCAGUAUACUGGGAUCACAAAUAAAUCGGUAGUUAUGAGUCUCGCUUUUCCCUUACAUGAUACACAUGUAGCACACUCGUGAACACAUUUGAAAAUGCAUAACUCAGCAUAUUGUGAUAAGUCAUGUCGUUGUUGCAUAGGUUUAUAUGUUGUUGCUGGGGAUUUAAUAAUGUUAAUCACAUUAGUGAACCUCGCCUGAGAACAUGCUUUAUUGUAGAGCACAUUUGUCGCUUUUGUCACACAAUUUCACUUACAUCAUGUUUUAAUGUUUCCAAUAUUCGUCUUAAAAAUAUGGUUUUCGACAGGCUGCGAAUUUGUCGGUUUUCUAUAUCAAAUUACUCUGAUUAUACCUUGCUUUCGGUGCGUGCAGAUGCUUCAAACAGUGUUAUAUAUUGUAAGGAAUGGUACGUUAAAAGGAAUUGUGAAAGCAGUGCAAGAGAGUUAAUUAACGGUUAUAAUAAUAUUUGUUCUAAAUUAAAACAGUGCUUCAAGAUAUGAUUGAAGAAACGUUUUGUAAUAAGUGCCAGCAUACCAAGCUAUAAUAGUUAAAACAUUUACGCAUUGGACAUUAUAUACUUCUUAAAAACUUCGCGUAUUUUUUUUAUUGUUUUCUUCAAACCGUUAAAUUAAACUUCCAUAAAUGUACGCUGUUUAUCAAAAUAAAUAAAAUGAUGUACCAUUGAAUACAAUACUUCUUUUCAAUAUCAGGAAUAUAUGAAAAGGAAUCAGAAACCUACCAUUUACAAGUUUAAGUUGAGACCGAAGUCACGGCUCUAGGAGAACCAUGUUGUCUCAUGACGCGAGUAAGCUCGCGUUGAUGGGAUCUCGUUAAAUAAACAAA